GACACACCAAGAGAGGAAGAAAACUCUGCAAACCACCAUCCUCCAUAGCUAAUUCGAGCUCAAGCAAAGGAGUUCCAAGGAGGAAGAUUAAAGAAGGGAAAAGCUAGGAAAAAGUGUGAAAAUUAAGGAACUUGAUUGGGUAUUUUUAGAGCUUCGCCGGAGUUUCGCCGGAAUUGGUUAAAGUUCGCCGAAGUUGGUCAAAGUUCGCCGGAAUUCGCUAAAGUUCAAUCGGGAAGCGUAGAACGCGCUAAGGACUCACUUAAGACUGAAAUGGCUGCCAACACUCCAAUCAACAUGAUCUUCGCUAGGGAACAAUGGAUCCCAAUCAAGGAAAACAACUCACAGUUGGACCCUGAGGUGUUCUCAUGCCAAGAUGACGUGGUCGUCUCAAUUCUCAAAGGCCACAAGCUGUGGAAGGCACUGAGCAAGAACGCUGAGGUCCCUCAGGUGUAUCUCCAACAAUUCUGGGGUACACUUGACAAGGACGUGGAUGCAAAUGGCAGGCAACUCGAUGAUGUACUAGCUGCCACAAUUUGCAACACCAGAGUCACAAUCACGAAAGAGCUCGUCCAACAAGUGCUACAGAUCCCGGAGGAGGAACAUUAUGAUGCAUUGGCUUCAGAAGCGCAAAUCUUUGAGGACAUGAUCACACUAGGCCACGCUGAACCUCUCCGGUUGAUGUCCGCGAUCAAGACAGCACGAUUUCCACGACCAUGGAGGACACUUAUGGCUACACUGAACAAGUGCUGCACAUCCAAGCAUAGCGGCUUCGACAAAUGCAGCGGUUACCUCGUUUACAUCUUCCACGGCAUCGCUUUCAUGAAGAACUACGACUUCACCUCACUAAUCUGGGGUGACAUUCUG